CUCAAAGUUUAAUUUCCAAGUGGAGACCUUGAAGCAUGAUUUAUUAACAUCAUGCUGCUUGCCUUUGUCACGUUGUGGAUGUGGCGGGGAAGCGCUGGCCCCUCUCCAGCCUGGACCACCCAGCGAGCUGAGCGCGGCUACCGGCACCGCGCACCCCGCUCCAGAGGCUCACCCCAAUUCCCGGCUCCGCCAGCCCCCCCAGCCACCCCACUGCUGGGGACAGCUGCAGGGACAGCAAUAACACACCCCCCAAAAAAUAAUAUCCGAACAGACGGGCUGCCUGGGACGCGAGAAUUGCAAAAACAAUCCCCACCCCAUCACGGAGAGUGAGCUGAGCAAGGAGCAGGACGAUGUUUGACAACACGCAGUACCCCUAUAACUGCUUCAAUUAUGAUGGGGAUGAUUAUCCUACCUGUAGCUCUGACGAAGAGAAAAAAUUCACCAGACCAGCGUACAGCUACAUUGCCUUAAUUGCAAUGGCCAUCCAGCAAAGCCCUUCAAAUAAAGUCACCCUCUCUGGCAUUUAUGACUUUAUAAUGAAGAAAUUUCCUUACUACAGAUCAAAUCAAAGAGCCUGGCAGAACUCCAUCCGACAUAACUUAUCGCUUAACAGUUGUUUUGUGAAGGUUCCCAGAACAGAAGGGAAUGAGAAGGGGAAAGGAAACUAUUGGAGCUUUGCAGCAGGAUGCGAAUCCAUGCUGGAUCUCUUUGAAAAUGGGAAUUACAGGAGAAGACGGAGGAGGAGGAAUGUGAAAAGGGAGCACAAGGAGCAGCGACCCAGCAGAGUGAAGAGUCCUUCAUCCCCCAAUACCUCUUCUGUGGACUCUGCUUUGAACAACAUUUCCUCUUCUGAAAGUAAACAUGAGAGAAUUGAACCGGGCCCAAAACUUCUGGAGCCUUGUGGGUUUGCUCCAAACAGCGUGACCAACAGGCAGAGCCUAAGCAAUUCCUCCUUGGCAAAAUCGGAUUCUGAAAUCAAAUUCAGCAUCGAUUACAUCCUCUCAGCCCCCGACCCUUUGCCUGUCCUGAGAUCUCAGUAUAACAUGCAAGAAAAUAAAUAUCACCUACUGGAGGCCCCGCAUAUUAAUCUCCAGUUCUGGACAAUGUGAUGCUAUUUAUUCGUGGUAACAAAGUCUGAGUCACAGUGUGUUCAGCAGCCUCAUGUCACUGAAAAUCAGCUGCCUGCCUCCUCAUUUUCCUCCCAAGCAGUGCUCAGAAAGGGUUACAGACUCACCAGCUGAUGCCCUGUCUGUACCCAAGGAACUUUGCUAAGGUUAAAGCAUAAAUAUCUGUUACCAAUAUCGGUUUUCACCAUGCUGAAACUUAUGAAAUUCUAGCUUUUUUUUCUAAACUGUCCUGGACAUCAUUUAGCACCACAAAGAAUUUCCUUUCUCAAGCAGAAUCCGACAGAGAAGAGACUUGCUUAUCAUCCACUGCUUUAUUAAAGACAAAGUGAAUUUGAUCCCACUUUCAGUGGUGGAAAUUAGGAUUAACUCCACUGGAGUAUAUAGGUCAGAACUUAAGCUGAUCUAAAACAGUGUAAUUCUGUCGACUUACACUGGCUGGGAAUGUAGGGGGGUGAGGGGGUGGAAAUUUGUUUCUUAAAAGGAAUUAGAGAAAAUCGCCCUGUCUUUCCUGAUUUUUUUCUUUUAACAUCUUAUUUCAAACUAUUUUGCAGUUUUAAUUCAUUGUUCAUUAGGAAACACAGUUGUUGAUAAGUAUUUCAAGUAUAUUUUUGUUUAUAUUUGGGGCAGAAUUGUUUAAAUUGUUGAAGUGAAGUUGUAUUCAAAAUAAUUCCAAGAGACUUAAUUGCAAGGAUGCUGAACUCUGGUGCUUUGAUAGGUAAUGUGACAGUCAAGGAGUCUCUUAAUGUCUUGGUUAAAAAAAACCCAACACUUCUUCUCUUGUACUAUCAGAAAUCUUCCUGAGAUGCUGCAAAAAAGUCCUUAACCAUAUUUCACUUAGCAAGUGUGAAGGGAAACCUGGCACUGCAAAAAGCUCUGUCGAGUGUUGAGCAAAGCUAAAAUUCCACCUACCUGCUCUGAGACAAGUUGUAUAUUCCCAUUAAACAGAUUUUUAUUGAUCCUUCUUGCAAGCAAUUACCAAAGUGGUGCUUGAUAUGAUUUCAGCUAAACUGGUGAGAUUUAUAAUUUCCAGAUAUCAAUGUUAGCUCGUGAGCUCCAUUUCUGAGAAAGCCACUUCAUUAUCAUUUACAUGCAGUGGGGUAUUUUGGAACAGAACCUGAUGGACAAUGAUGAACUGUAAUAAGCUUUUAAGAAGUUGCUUUUAUACAACUUGUUCACAAUGAAUUGCUUCCGAGAACAUAAACAGCGUUAGCAAAGUCUCCACAAUAUUCCGGCUUUCACUUGGCUAUUACAGUCUUCACCUACUGCAGAUAAAAGGAAAAAAAGACAAGAAUUCUGAUAGUUUUAAGCAAUUAAAUACAGAGAUAAAAUUAUCUUUGCAACAGGAACUAAAGGUAAAUGAAGGUAUAUGAGAUAAGAUUCAGCAUAGAGGUAUGCUCAGGCACGACUUGAAUUUUUAUGCAGAAGCUUUGACAUUUCACUAAGUUAUUUUACAUUGUGUCUAAUAUAUACUGUACAUUUAUACUAUAUAUUCUUAUAUAUUGUUAUUGAGAAAGGGAGCAAUAUCACUGCACUUAUACGUUGUAAAAAUGCAUGAUGUAUGUUGUCAUGAUGCUGAAACUCCUGCCAUAUACUUAAAAUUCACCAUCAGUGGUAUUUCACACUGAUUGGAAAUAAAUGCCCAUUUUUUGGAAAACUAUAAAACUUAUUCUCUUCAAGCAUUUCUACAGCAUGCAAAAGUCUUUGCUUCUUCUUCAGAAAAGAGAAAAUGGAAAAUCAUGUCAAUUACAUCACUGCAUGUCUUCCAAACUUUGAAGGGAUGAUUUCUUAAGAACAAAUUCUGCCUUCAAAUGGGAGCUUUCAAUUCUCUGUGAAUCAACAGUUAUUCUGGGGGAAAAUCUGAAAGCAAAAUUUGACUCUUUAGAGUUUACAUUGAUAUUAGAAAAAGUAGAAAAUCUCGGGGUGGUGGGGGGACUGCACAGAUGGAUUCUCAUUUGAAGAGGGAUGAGAAUUUGCUCUUUUAUUGUUUAUGCUCAGUAGUAAAUAUGUGUGGGAAGAGCAUGUCCUCACUUAGUGCUUCAGUGUUUGCAUGCAUUCCUUGUGGGUGGGUACUUGUGCACCUCUGGGACCCUGCCUACAGAUAAAUAUUCCUCUUUUACACACAGAUCUUUUUCCUCAUUGUUUUAAACAUGGCAAUGCUGCUGGUGGGCUGAUAGUUAUGGUACACACCUGCAGUAUAUUUGAAAUACAUAUUUCCUGCUGUGAAACAUGCAAAUAUGAUUGUUACUAUCUGUUCUUGGUUCGUGCUGUUAACAAGAGAUAAUUCAGUGACAGCAAAAGUUCCUCCCCAGCAACACCUGGGUCAGGUGAACAUUGUGGGCUGCUGAGACCAGUGGAGAAGCAGUUUAUGGCUACUAAUCAAUGUAGAAUUAAUGCAUUAGGAAAGGCAGAAAUACACCCAAGUGGAUUUACAGCAGAGAUCCAAAGCCAUUUUCUGUAAGAUGAAUUAAUAUUCACAAAUAGCCAUGUCCUUUGCUCACAGAAAAGUGCCUGCUAGGAGAGACUGCCAUAAUUUAGUUUCCCUAACAUAUAAUCAAAGAAAUUUGUGUACAAAGAGGUGUUAACAUUUGUUUUGCAAAGGAUAUCAAUCAUAUUUCGAAAAAUGAAGGGACAUAUUUCAAUUUACCCAGUAUAUUAUAUUCUGACGACUCCAGAAAGGUUUCCAGCAGUUAAAGUGAAUGGCAUUUAAUAUAGAACAACAUAACAGGGGUGAGGGCUAGACGUGACCUUAUUCAAAUGUCGUAGCCAUUACAAAGCCAUUCCCAAUGUAAUUAUAAUUAAAUACUUUAUGCCUUUCUUGCAAAUCCUCUGAUCGAUCAUUGAUAUUAACAUUAAUAUUGUAUUACCCCCGAGCAAAUAUCUCCCACACAAGUGUUAUGGAUCACCAGGUUUCCAUUAACAAAGUUGUGAGCUAUUGCCGUGUGCUGGCCGUGGAUAAAUUUACGUAAAUUACUUUUUCUCAGGGAAGAAGGGAAAAAGUCCAGGUCUCUUUCUUCUCUGAAUGCAGAGCUAUUUCUACAGCUCCAUCACAGCCUGCCAGCCACUUGCAUAAAGAAAAAAAAAAAGAAAAUCUCACAGGAACAUCCCUCUUUGCCCUGUGUGAAGCAGGUGAAUAUUCUCCCGUUUGGCACUGGGGUUCAAAGCUGAGCUGAACCAGGGAUGAGCAGUGCAGGGCAAGGCUCUGCACCCUCCAGGACCAUCAGCAGGCUGGGCAGGCUGGGAGAAGCUGUUGGCUCAAUUCCUCAUCUCAUGGCACCUUCCUGACUGCAGAGAGAGACCCAGAAGGAGCCGUGGGUUUCCUUAGCCCAGCAGAGGUGCCUCGGUGGGGCUGACCCUGUCCCGAGGCUGAGCUCAGGCAGGAGGAGGGAGUGGGACAGCAGCUCCUGCCUGCUGGGCUGGGGGCACGGUCAGGGGGAACAAUCCUUUAGAGCUCUCCCUUCAGCAUCAUAAAUACCUCUGCAAAGGAAAGAUGAAAGGUUUCUUUCUGGGGAGAGGCAAGGCUUGGCCCCACUGAGGGACCCUGGAGGGGGGUUGUUUGUUUAUCCUUCUAAAGGAAGGCUUCCCAUGACAAAACAAAGAUUUUGAUGGAGCCAUGCCAGGUUAUUAUGCAGCAAUUUCACUUCUCCUGAUUUAAUUUCUUUGGCUUUUGCCAUUGGUGUCACAGAAGUGGGUUUUGCACGGCAAAAUGAACAUCAGACUCAGAAUGAAGUUCAAAGUACUUGGGCAAGGAUGCAAGGAUGCAUCUUUUCUUCCCCAGUGAAGAGAGGCCAGACAGCACCCAAGGCAGGCCAGCAACUGACCUCACUUACUGGGACCUCUCCCUCAGCAGAACCCCCUCCACAUGAUGGGAGCAUUAAUGCAGACUAGGAUAGCUGAAAACAAACCUUUUCUUUGUCAGUAAAGCCAAGUUCCCCUAUUUUUCUGCCAAUCAGAAAGAUCUUAUUAGUCUCUCUUAGCUGAGACCUAUUAACUCCUCAUAGAAAGAGAAGCUGUGCUCAAAGAGCAUUUGAAGGUCAACCCACCCUGGUGAUCUGGCUCUCCCCAUGCCUUUGCUUUGUUGUGCUCCAUGCCAUGGUCUGAAUUGCCACUGUGUUCCUCAGCCACUCAGCAGGUUGGUUUCUCCCUCAUAACCAAAUCCUGAUUUCUGCACUGUUUUCUGGUCACAGAGGUUUCUGUUUUGGCUACCACUUACCUACCCAGGUCCAAAUCUUGUGAGUCUUUCCCACUCUCUAGCAACAGAGAGGACACAGGGAGAGGGGAAGGGGUUUGGGAGGAAGAGCCUCAGGAAAACUUUGCUACACAUCUUCCAGAAGUACAGAGCUGAUAUCUCAGGGGCUCUUGGGGUUGUGUGCCAAGUCUCUGCUGUGAAUUGAGGGCAGCCAUACCCCAAGUCCAGCUGCACUCAAGCUCGGGGAAAAAGAGGGAACCUCCACCACACACCCCUGAGCACACAGGGACCUGAACUUCAGCUCUGGCUGUGUAACACCAAUCCCUGCCUGUGAUCAGCCCUUCAGAUCCCAAAGUCAAGACAUGGAAAUCCUGUGCUGCUCAUUCCAGCUGGCCUCUCCCCUCUCUGUUUCUUCUGGGCCAUGUUCUCCUCCCUUCUGUGAGGAUGUAAAUCCCUGCAAAUCUGUUAACUUUGGUGUGAUUACCUCUGGAACUGAAACAGUGUCUGUGAAUCCAACCUUUGCAUGUUAUACCAAACAUCUCCCAUCUCACAGUCUGCAAAACUGUACCAGCACCUCCUCUCCUAGACAGAAUUCUCAGAGCAACAAAUGGUCCUAACCUCUUUAUUUUGCCUUAGCAUGAGCUUCUAAUUGCUUUCACCAGAACGUGGGUACCAUCUGCACUGCUCUGCACAAAGAACCUUGUCUCUGUCUCUGCUGCACUGGGAAUGUCUUUCUUUUUGCACUUAGGGUCAUUAAAUUAAAGAACAGGGUAGGUCCAAGUCCUAUGGAACUUCCACUGGAGUCUUUUGUACCCGGAGAGCAAACAUAAAAUAACAAAGUAAGUUGUGCUCCCUCCCACCCUUGCUACAGUGGUUGGAGGCAAAUCCAACUGUGAGAAUUUUGCCUGAGAAAGAACUGCCGGAUUUCUCCCACUGUGAAAUCCAGCUGUUAAUUCAAACAGAAGGGAUGGACCUGACCAGAUAGGCCAGCUAGCUUGUUUCCAUCCUAAAGUCCAUUGUGUUCCACAAGUUCCUAAAUUUAUGGUCAUGAAGGUCUUCCAAGCCCUGUAAUGAAGUAUGGCAUGCAAUGUUUUUGUUAUGGAAUGUGGGCUGCAAAGGAAAAAAGAAGGUUUGAAUUUAUCUCUCAAAUGAAGAUCCUGGAAUCUCUCAGGAUAAACAAGCUAAAUUAGGAAUAAAAAUACACCAUGUUUCUCACCAUAACUAUGGAACUGAAAACAGCCCUUGCAGAGCACUGACAGAAGAAGAAAACUAGAAGAUGCAGUAAGCCCAAACCAGACUUCUUUUUGUCAUGUUUCUGUGUGUUCACUGCCCUUUGUAGCAGCAAAUGAACCCUGCUAUGCCAGCAACAGGAGCCCCCUUUCAUCUUUUGGGAGUGGUUCUUCUGACAGAGUAUUUCAGCAAAAAACUUUGCACUGCAAAGCUGAGCUGCUGGUCUCCACCAUCAGCAUUUGCAUUGGGCACACACCACCUUGUCUUGCUCUGAGCAGGCUGAAAAUAAGGUACAGAAAUGCUCUUUGACUUGUCAGCCUGCAUGGUGCAGCCCAGUGCAGCUCUCUCAGAGCUCCAGCUCCACAGACUGAAAAAAAGAGCUGCUCCCUCUUAGGUCUUUAUUUGAGACAUGAUAAAGAAUUAAUGGGCUUGAAAGUUUGUUCAGUUUCCAUGCUGAUAUCAGUGGUUCUAAAUAAAAAACCAACCAAAACCAAACGAGGCUUCCUGAAAUUUGCACAGUAAAGAACUCUGCUCUGUCCCACAGCCAUUAAACCUUUUUGUCAGCCCUGCACUGGCCCCAACAGCCCCACUCCGGAUCCAACUGCCCCCCAAAGCUGCACUUUCCACAGCUGCUGAUGGUGAAACACUGUCAUGUUCUCCUCGUGCAGGGAAAAACAUUAGGGUAGAACCAACUUCCCUCUUGGGCCCAUAGACUCUGCUGACCAUUAGCCAUCUGUCUCAAGCAAGAUCUGCUCUAGCUGAAAAUGCUUUUGGAGGAUUCAUAACACAGAUAUUUAACCCUAUGACAAAACUGCUCCCCAUCUUCCCCUCUUUGCUGGAGGCAUUGUGCUCUGCUGGUACUGGCUGCAUCCACAUCCUCUGCUGCCAUCCCCCCCUUCCAGCACAGCCUCUCUGAGACUGCAGAAAAGAAGCAGCACUUCCCAUAAAAGUGGAUGUGGAAAAUAACAGGUGCAAUGAGCUGUGUUUCAUGAUUAAUCUGUCUCAAGCCUUUCCGAGGCUGAGAGCUGUAUGAGCAAUUAUCAAACCCUGGGAGGCACUUCAGCACUAAUCAGCCCAUAACAUUUUUCUGCAUUGGAGCAUCUGGGACUGGCUACAUGGCUUGAAUCCUGACUCUCAUGAAAUGAAUGAGAGUUUUGCCACUGGGUUCAAGGGAUCAAAACUUCAUCUUCUAUUACCAGGGCCAGAGAUUAAUCAGAUUAAAGGCCAUGUGGACUGCAGAGAAAAUUAAAUACCUUCUAGCAGUUACUUGGUGUCUUCUCAAGACAAAAUAGCAGCUUGCUUCCACAGGUUUCUUUGGAUCUCUCUUUCAGACAGACAAAAUUCUUCAUGAACUCAAUGGGAAAUGUAUCCAAACAGGGAAUAAGUUCCCCUAAGCCCAAGGGCUGAACACAGCAGAACCAGAUGUUGGCAUCUGGGGUGAGAUUCCUGGUGCAAAGAUGUUUGUAUGCUCUUUGAGAGCAUCUCUGUUCUGGGGCUGGUGUACACACUCAAGUAAACAAGUCACACUAGCUAAUAUCCAGACUCAGGAUCUCAAAUUUUCUUUCAACAGGAAACUGUCCCAAGAUCUGCUUCAGUUUGGCAAAGGCAUGUCACUGUAUUACUUUCCAUUUUGUUUUGCUGUUGUUGAAAUUACAAGAAAAUAAAUAUUUUGGAGAUGAUACAUUGUGUAUCCCUAAUAAAUACCAAGGGCAUUUAAUAUAAACUAUGGACACAUGGUUUGCUUUGUUGUUCUAAGUAACUAUUUCCUUUUAGCCAAAUGA